UGAAGCUGGCCACUGAACCACCCAAGCCUCCAGUGAAGCUGGCCACCGAACCUCUCCAGCCUCCAGUGAAGCUUGCUGCCAAAUCCCCCAAGCCUCCAGUGAAGCUGGGCACCGAACCUCCCAAGCCUCCAGUGAAGCAAACCCCCAAGCCUUCAAUGAAACUGGCCACCGAAUCCCCCAAGCCUCCAGUGAAGCUUGCUGCCAAAUCCCCCAAGCCUCCAGUGAAUCAGGGCACUGAACUUCCCAAGCCUCCAUUGAAGCUGGCCACCAAACCACCCAAGCCUCCAGGGAAGUUGCCCACCGAAUCCCCCAAGCCUCCAGUGAAGCUUGCUGCCAAAUCCCCCAAGUCUCCAGUGAAUCAGGGCAGUGAAUUCCCCAAGCGUCCAGUGAAGCUUGCCACCAAAUCCCCCAAGCCUCCAGUGAAGCCAACCCCCAAGCCUCCAUUGAAGCUGGUCACCGAACCACCCAAACCUCCAAUGGAGCUGGCCACCGAGGCUCCCCAGCCUCCAGUGAAGCUUGUUGCCAAAUUCCCCAAGCCUCCAGGGAAGCUAGCCACCGAAUCCCCCAAGCCUCUAGUGAAGCCUCUAGUAAAGCAGGGUGCCAAACCUCCCAAGCCUCUAGUAAAGCCAAACCCCAAGCCUCCAGUGAAGCUUGCCACAGAACUACCCAAACCUCCAGUGAAGCUGGCCACCGAACCUGCCAAGCCUCCAGUGAAGUUUGUUGCCAAAUUCCCCAAGCCUCCAGUGAAACUGACCACCAAAUCCCCCAAUCCUCCAGUGAAUCAGGGCAGUAAACCUCCCAAGCCUCCAGUGAAGCUUGCCGCCAAACUUUUCAAGCCUCCACUGAAGACUGCACCUAAUCCUCCAGAGAAGCUUGCUGCAGAAACACCCAUGCCUCCAGUGAAGCUUGCUGCCAAAUCCCCCAAGCAUCCAGUCAAGCUGACCACCGAACCUCCCAAGCCUCCAGUGAAGCUGGCCACCGAACCGCCAAAACCUCCAGUGAAGCUGGUUGCCAAAUUCCCCAAGCCUCCAGGGAAACUGACCACCGAAUCCCCCAAGCCUCCAGUGAAGCUUGCUGCCAAAACCCCCAAGUCUCCAGUGAAUCAGGGUAGUAAACCUCCCAAGCCUCCAGUGAAUCUGGCCACCGAACUGCCAAAACCUGUAUUGAAGCUUGCCGCCAAACUAUUCAUGCCUGCACCUAAGCCUCCACUGAAGCUUGCCACUGAACCCACCAAGCCUCCACCUAAGCCUGCCCUCAAGCCUCCAGUGAAGCUGGCCACCCAAUCCCCCAAGCCGCUAUUGAAGCUUGCUGCCAAACUUUUCAAGCCUCCAUUGAAGACUGCAUCUAAGCCUCCAGAGAAGCUUGCUGCUGAAACACCCAUGCCUCCAGUGAAGCUUGCUGCCAAAUCCCCCAAGCCUCCAGUGAGGCUGGCCACCGAAUCCCCCAAGCUUCCAGUGAAUCAGGGCACCGAACCUCCCAAGCCUCCAGUGAAGCUGGUCACCGAACCGCCAAAACCUCCAGUGAAGCUUGUUGGCAAACCCCCCAAGCCUCUAUUGAAGCUUGCCGCCAAACUAUUCAAGCCUGCACAUAAGCCUCCACUGAACCACCCCCCCCCCCCAAGCAUCCAUUGA